UGCAGUAUGAGUUAAUUUUUCUUAUCUCUGCAAUCUGCACUAGCAUACAUCCAUGGCCCAAGCUGGCGUCGCUCUCGCGCUGUGCGCCCUGCUCCUCCACGGCGUCGCCUGGGAGGCGCGGGCGGCGUCGUACACCGUCGGGAACAGCGCCGGCUGGGACAUCAGCGCCGACCUCCAGUCGUGGGCCGCCGCCAAGAUAUUCAACGUCGGCGACGUUCUAGUGUUCACGUACUCCAAGACCCACACCCUGGACGAGGUGGACGCGGCGGGGUUCAAGAGCUGCAGCGCCGCCAACGCGCUGCUCUCCAGCAGCGACGGCAACACGACGGUGCCCCUGACGGCCGGCGGCGACCGGUACUUCAUCUGCGGCCACCACAUGCACUGCCUCGGCGGCAUGAAGCUGCACGUGCACGUCACCUCGCCAGCCGGCUCCACGCCGCAGGGAGCCCCCGCGGGAACCGGAGCCGGCGCCGGCGCCCCGCUGGCAAGCCCGGGCGCCGCUCUCGGCCCGGCCGGCGGCACCGACGACGACGCCGGCAUCCCCAGGCUCGACCUCGGCGGAUCGCACCGGGUGGGGGUCGUGUGGCCCGCGCUGACGGCGUUGUGGUUGUGCCUAGCUGCGGCUCUGCUUGCAUGAAAGUUUUUGUUUUUUGAAGCGCUGCAUGAAAGUUUUUGUCAAACUUAUUGCUCGUUCUGAGUGAUUUUUAACCAUUUCUACUGUGUGUUGUUUAUGUGCAAAACGGGUCGAUCUGGGCAUCAAACGGAGGCCGAAAAAUGGCUCCUGGUGGGUGGCCAAAACCUCGCUACUCACGGCCAGGUUGUACAGUACGAAAUUGUCGUCUUGUGUCAGCGUGACGCGUCCACAUGGACACGCGUCUUGGGCGUACGUACCACGCACUGUUGUUCUUGUUCGGUAGGUUUGUGUAUACGUAUAUACAGUAGCACGGACAAGGGGAGCAGGUGGCGUAUCACUUUCGAA